AUGGCAGAGCAGGACUGGUUAGCUCUGAGACCAUUCCCUUACUGCUCAUUUUCAGUUUUGUCCGACUCUUCUGGAGCAAUUGUUGGAGCUACAGGAAAUGCUGAAUCUUCUAGAUCAACAGUAGGAGCUGCAGUAAAUGCUGAAUUUUCCGGAGCAAUUGUUGGAGCUACAGGAAAUGCUGAAUCUUCUCGAGCAACUGUUAGAGCUGCAGUCAAUGCUGAAUCUUCUAGAGCAAAUGUUGGAGCUGUAGUAAAUGCUGAAUCUUCUAGAGCAACUGUUGGAGCUGCAGUAAAUGCUGAUUCUUCUAAAGCAACUAUAAGAGCUGCAGUAAAUGCUGAAUCUAAAGAGCAACUAGCUACUGUAGGAGCUGCAGUUAAUUCUGUAUCUUCUAGAGCUACUGUAGGAGCUGCAGUAAAUGCUGAAUCUUCUAGAGCUACUGUAAGAGCUGCAGUAAAUGCUGAAUCUACUGAAGAAACUGUUAGAGCUGCAGUGAAUGAUGACUCUUAG